CUUUUCCUUUUUUUUUUAAACCCCCACAAUGAUAUUCAAGGCACUUGCGACUCGCCUGUGACUGUAGAAAAGGGGGGAAAGCACCAAGAAAAAAUAGAGAGAGAACCUCACCUCCUCUCACAGCGAGUGAGGUAGGACUGAGGUAGGGAGCAAGAGGCUGUGGAGUUAAGAGAGAGGCAGCAGCGGCGGCUCCAGUGAGGAGUGUCUAAUUGCGCUUUAUUAGAAAGAGUCAUUUCAACACAUAUUUCGACAUGUCAUCGUCCGGGAAAGACAACAGUGGCGCCCAACACGCCAAUUACGUGGGACCUUAUCGUUUGGAGAAGACGCUCGGAAAAGGACAGACAGGAUUGGUAAAGCUUGGAGUGCACUGUGUAACAUGCCAAAAGGUUGCCAUAAAGAUUGUCAACCGCGAGAAGCUAAGCGAGUCAGUACUGAUGAAGGUGGAGCGAGAAAUAGCUAUUUUGAAGCUCAUAGAACACCCACACGUUUUAAAGCUACAUGAUGUCUAUGAAAAUAAAAAAUACUUGUACCUUGUGCUAGAACAUGUAUCUGGUGGUGAACUGUUUGACUACUUGGUGAAGAAGGGCAGAUUAACACCAAAAGAGGCCAGAAAAUUCUUCAGACAAAUCAUGUCUGCCCUGGAUUUUUGCCACAGUCAUUCAAUAUGCCACAGGGAUCUAAAGCCUGAGAACCUCUUGUUAGAUGAAAAGAACAACAUCAGGAUAGCAGAUUUUGGUAUGGCCUCUCUUCAGGUUGGAGACAGCCUAUUGGAAACCAGCUGUGGAUCACCACACUAUGCAUGCCCAGAAGUCAUAAGGGGGGAAAAGUACGAUGGAAGGAAAGCAGAUGUUUGGAGCUGUGGGGUUAUUCUUUUUGCUCUUUUGGUGGGCGCCCUGCCAUUUGAUGAUGACAACUUAAGGAAUCUCUUGGAGAAGGUGAAGCUGGGAGUGUUUCACAUGCCACAUUUCAUUCCUCCAGACUGUCAGAAUCUCCUCCGUGGUAUGAUUGAAGUGGAUGCAUCCAAAAGACUAACGUUAGAAAAAAUCCAGAAGCACUCGUGGUACAUUGGUGGAAAAAACGAACCGGAGCCAGAGCAGCCUGUUCCCAGAAAGGUAACCAUCCGCAGCCUGCCUUCUGCAGACGACAUCGACCCAGAUGUACUGGACAGCAUGCACUCCCUGGGCUGCUUCAGAGACAAAAACAAACUUCUUAAAGACCUGCUAUCAGAUGAUGAGAACCAAGAGAAGAUGAUCUACUUCUUGUUACUCGAUCGUAAGGAGAGGUACCCCAGUCAAGAGGACCAGAACCUUCCACCUCGCAACGACGUUGACCCACCAAAAAAGCGGGUUGACUCUCCAAUGUUGAACCGUCAUGGCAAGAGGAGGCCAGAGCGGAAAUCCAUGGAGGUUCUGAGUGUCACUGACGGAGGCUCGCCAGUACCAGCCAGGAGAGCUAUCGACAUGACACAACAUGGACAAAGGUCGCGGUCUAUUAGUGGAGCCUCUUCUGGCCUAUCCACCAGCCCCCUCAGCAGCCCACGGCCUAUCAGAAAAUUCUGUGUACCGCCUCAGUCCCCGGACUUUUCUGAGUCCCCUAACACAAGCCCGUGUCCUUCCCCUGAACCCCUUCCAAAUCGCACAGGCCCACGCAUAUCCACACCUAACUCCUUGGCUCCAAACAGUGAGCCCCUGCCAGGAGCACUCAACAAAACACAGACACUCCCCGCCAAGCCCAAAGUUGCCCCAAAGCCUUUACAAGCCACACGAUCAAAUCCUCUUCCUGAAACAUCCCCUGAUCCAGCACCUGCUGCCAAAUCGGAACCAUCCACUCCCUGCCAGCUGCCAUUGCAGCCCCCCUCUACCUCUGUGCCUCCUACUCCUACUUCUUCAUCCUCAACUUCUCCCUUUACCUCCUCCCCCAUCUCCUGUGGUCCCAUACCAAACAGCCCCCAGGUACGCCGCUCCCAUUAUGCUGCCAACUCCCAGCUCUCGGUUCCCUUCAGUCCAGUAGCACCCAUGUCACCUAUCAGGCUACACCACUUUCACCCUGUGGCACCUUUUCCUUCUCCAUCUACUGACCACCCACCCAAAUCUAUCCCCCUCAUACAGGUUACCCCUCACCCUUCCCCUCGAGGCAGCCCCCUCCCAACCCCAAAAGGCACUCCAGUACACACUCCUAAGGACAGCCCUGCAGGAACUCCGACUCCCACGCCACCCCCAAGCCCGUCCAUUGGAGGCAUGCCUUGGAGGACGCGCCUCAACUCCAUCAAAAACAGCUUCCUGGGGUCUCCACGCUUCCACCGUCGGAAACUCCAAGUUCCUACGCAAGAGGAGAUGUCCAGUCUCACACCAGAGUCUUCCCCAGAACUUGCCAAAAAAUCCUGGUUUGGUAACUUCAUUAACUUGGAAAAAGAAGAGCAGAUCUUUAUUGUCAUCAAAGACAAACCUCUCAGCUCCAUCAAGGCAGACAUCGUACAAGCCUUCCUUUCGAUCCCCAGCCUGAGUCACAGUGUCAUCUCCCAAACAAGUUUUCGAGCAGAGUACAAGUCCACGGCCGGCCCUACAGUCUUCCAGAAGCCGGUUAAGUUUCAGGUCGACAUCACCUACACGGAGAGUACAGCUGCCACGAAAGAAAACGGCAUCUAUUCUGUAACCUUUACUCUGCUCUCAGGUCCAAGCCGACGUUUUAAGCGAGUAGUCGAGACAAUUCAAAGCCAGUUGUUAAGCACACAUGAUCAGCCUGGGGUCCAACAGCUCUCUGGAAUUAUCCAGAAAACCUAUUAAAGUCCCUCCUCGCGCUCCAUGCUCCUAUCGCCCUCCCUCAACUACCCUCCAUCCACCCCUUUCGAAUGUGCCAAGAGUUUCGGACAGGUGUCAGUGGAGGAUUCCUUUCCGAGACGUGCCGAAAACAGACUUCCACCUUCAACUGCUCUCCAACUCCACCUCUGGCACCCGUCAGUAGAAGUAGAUGAAAAUCCUUGCGCAUUUUCACCUUACUUAAUCAUGCACUCCAGACAUCAGUUCCUUGAUUUUUUUUAAGGGAUUUUUCUUUAUUCUAUAUUAUUGGAAAUAAAGCACUGAUCAAAAACACAAGAUACAACAUACAAAAAUCAUGCACAAAAAAACUCUGGGAUGUACUCGUAUUAACUUUAAUAACAUAAAAAAAUAUAUUAAAGACUUUUUGAAAUCUUAGGAGGAGGGAAGAGAAGAGGAUGUGUUCUG